AGAACUUUAGUUUUAGCCCCGGGGAUUAUGCGGCGGAACUGUCCUUCAGUUACAUCGUUUCCGCCGGAAGGUGUCACGAAUGCACCUUGCAAUGUGAAGCCUCUGCUUUUGGUUUUUCACUUCCUGCAUCGGUAGUGUCAUCCAGCCGAAAAUGGUGCACGCGGAAGCCUUUUCUCGCCCAUUGAGCAGAAAUGAAGUUGUGGGUCUCAUCUUUAGGUUAACAAUAUUUGGUGCUGUCACCUAUUUUACCAUUAAAUGGAUGGUAGAUGCUAUAGAUCCCACCAGGAAACAGAAAAUGGAAGCCCAGAAGCAGGCUGAGAAGUUGAUGAGACAGAUUGGUGUGAAGAAUGUCAAGCUAACAGAAUAUGAAAUGAGCAUCGCGGCCCAUCUGGUUGAUCCGCUAAGUAUGCUGGUGACAUGGAGUGACAUUGCUGGCCUAGAUGAUGUCAUAACAGACCUAAAAGACACCGUAAUCCUCCCAAUAAGGAAAAAACAUUUAUUUGAAAACUCAAGACUUCUUCAGCCUCCUAAAGGUGUGCUGCUUUAUGGACCACCAGGAUGUGGCAAGACUAUGAUUGCUAAAGCAACAGCUAAAGAAGCCGGAUGUCGCUUCAUCAAUCUGCAGCCGUCUACUCUGACCGACAAAUGGUACGGAGAGUCCCAGAAACUCGCCGCCGCUGUGUUCUCUCUGGCUGUAAAACUACAGCCGUCCAUCAUUUUCAUUGAUGAAAUAGAUUCUUUCCUUCGGAGUCGUUCAAGUACUGAUCAUGAGGCGACUGCCAUGAUGAAGGCUCAGUUCAUGAGUCUCUGGGAUGGACUGGAUACUGACUAUAGCUGUCAGGUUAUUGUGAUGGGUGCCACAAACCGUCCUCAGGACCUGGAUACUGCGAUUAUGAGAAGAAUGCCGACAAGGUUUCACAUCAACCAGCCAUCUAUGAGACAGAGGGAGGCAAUACUGAACCUCAUAUUGAGAAAUGAGAAUGUGGACGAACAUGUGGAUCUGGUGCAGAUUGCUAACUGUACAGAUGGAUUCUCUGGAAGUGACCUGAAGGAAAUGUGCAGAGAUGCAGCUUUGCUGUGUGUCAGGGACAGUCUGAUCACGAACACUGAAGAAAGCCCUUCUGAGGAGAUCCGACAGAUUCAGCAGCAAGAUUUAAUGCGAGCUAUUGACAAGAUGAAGAAAUCCAAAAGUGCAACAAACCAGGGGGUAUUAAUGCACGUUAGUUUGGACUGAUGUCUGCGUCACUUCGUACUAUCCAAGCUGAUAUAACUAGAAAGGGACAUCUAGUGGAUGAAAGGGGUAAAGCAUGGACCUUAUCGGUGACCAGAUUAUAUCAUCUCCAGCCUCCACUCUUUAAUAUUCUUACUAUUCUCUAUUAAGUAAAGAGCCUUGUAGAGAGAAAUGGUAUCUCUCUCUCUCUCGUCAUGUGAGCUGCUGAUAUCAACUGUAAUGUAUCAAAGGGUGUGUGUCCUUAUGUUUACUGUGUGACAUUGUUUGUCUGUAUGAACGAUUUGUAGAACUCCUGAAAGGGAGUAUAUGUUGAGUAUAGUGGAGUGCUUCAUAGUUAAUGUGCAGGUUACUAGAUAUUUAGUAGCUGCUCUCGUACAGUCCAUUUUUUUUGGUCUUUUGCAAAAAAAAAAAAAAAAAAAAAAGUAUAAGGCCACCAACACAACUUUCCAUCUGUACAAGGUGUCUACAUCUGUUUAUAGUAGUGUUCUCUAACCCAGGCCUAGCAAUGCUGAGAGUACCUAGCCAUUUUUAUGGCUCUUUCCAAAAGUCCUGACAAAUUCACUUGUUUGGGUCCAAGUUCUAGACACGUUCCCUGACUUUUCUGCAUUGGAUCAACAUAAUACAUUUCUUUACUCCAAUAAGAAAGAGCAGCCGGCACUGCUCAACACUUCAUCCCCCAAGAACUCACAGCAAAACCUCCGGACGUUCACGGCACUGACCCCCGGUCCUCACAGUAGAUACCAGGACAGCUUGCCACAAAUCGAAUAUAGACGAAAGGAGCACUGGGCACACAGGUUCCGGUCAAGCAGUUUAUUUGCAGGU